AUGUUUGAACUGAAAGCCAAGAUCCCUAUUGAGAAGGAUCUCAUCAUCAAAGUGAAGGACUACGAUGUGAUUGGAAAAGAUGACACAAUCGGGAAAACAACGAUCGACCUUGAAAACAGACUUUUUACAAAAUUUAGAGCCUCCUGUGGUCUCCCAAUAACAUACUGCAUGUUUGGAAAACUUGAAAUGGAAUUGGAACUGCUGACGGAAACUGAGAGCCUCGAAAGACCUGCGGGCAUUGGAAGAGAACUCCCAAACGAAAACCCCCAUUUUCGCCCUUCGACAUCAUUUUUCUGGUUGACGUCACCCUGGAAGACCUUUCGACAUAUAAUAUGGCGAAAUUACAAAUGGUACAUAAUAACGGGGAUCAUCUUGGGACUAUUGGCUGCCUUUGUUGUCAUUAUCAUUUACACCAUUCCCGUAUUUUCAACGUCCAAAUAA